AUGCAAUUCUCUUCUUCUCCUUCACCCACUUGGACAAUAACGUCCUUAGUCACAUUGGGAUGUAUUAUGCUUCUUGCGUCUUUGUCCGAUGCUCAACUUACCCCUACCUUCUACGACAAUUCAUGCCCAAACGUCACUAACAUCGUACGAGACACCAUUGUCAACGAGCUAAGAUCGGACCCUCGUAUCGCCGCGAGCAUCCUUCGUCUUCACUUCCACGACUGCUUUGUUAAUGGUUGUGAUGCAUCGAUCUUGUUAGACAACACAACAUCAUUUCGAACAGAGAAAGAUGCCUUUGGAAACGCAAAUUCGGCUCGCGGAUUUCCUGUGAUUGAUAGAAUGAAAGCCGCGAUCGAGAGGGCCUGUCCGAGAACCGUUUCAUGCGCAGAUAUGCUCACUAUCGCAGCUCAACAGUCAGUUACUUUGGCAGGAGGUCCUUCUUGGAGAGUUCCUUUGGGGAGAAGAGACAGUUUAAGGGCAUUUCUAGAUCUCGCUAAUCAAAAUCUUCCAGCUCCAUUCUUCAACCUUACACAACUUAAGAACAGCUUCCGAAAUGUUGGCCUCAACCGUCCUUCUGAUCUUGUUGCUCUCUCCGGGGGCCACACAUUUGGUAAAAACCAGUGCCGGUUUAUCAUGGACAGAUUGUAUAACUUUAGCAGCACCGGUUUACCCGACCCUACCCUCAACACUACUUACCUCCAAACUCUUCGUGGACUAUGUCCCCGUAAUGGUAAUCUAAGCGUAUUGGUUGAUUUUGAUCUGCGUACGCCCACGGUUUUCGACAACAAAUACUAUGUGAAUCUCAAAGAACGUAAAGGUCUUAUCCAGAGCGACCAAGAGUUGUUCUCUAGCCCUAAUGCCAGUGACACAAUUCCCUUGGUGAGAGCAUAUGCUGAUGGUACACAAACAUUCUUCAAUGCCUUUGUCGAGGCGAUGAAUAGGAUGGGAAACAUUACACCUACUACCGGAACUCAAGGACAGAUCAGGUUGAACUGUAGGGUGGUGAACUCCAACUCUCUACUCCACGAUGUGGUUGAAAUCGCUGAUGAAUUUGUUAGCUCUAUGUGA